CUUAAAGACCGGGAGGCAGUCUACAAUGCAUGGGACAUUACAGGACAUUUUUCUUCUUUAUCGGAGAUUACUACUUCUUACUACUUCUAUUUAUUGCAUUUUUUCUCUGGAGAGUUGUUUUUACCAUUCUAACAUUUUAGGAUUUUUGUAUUCUCCUUUUUGGAUUUUACAAUAACAUCUCAAAUAUACAAUGGCUCUUUCUCAUGCAAUGGACACUUUUGUGUUAGGGAGAAAACAAGAACACGCUUUUUACUUUAUUUUUCUGUGCUCAAUGCUCGGAUUAACUGUAGGUGCUAUAUUUUGUCUGAUUUUGCACCUGUCCUCAGUAUGCAGCCUUUCUUUUACUUUGAUGAUUUCGGUUUCUAUUGGAGUCGUUAUGUCAGUUCUUGCCUUCCUGUCCAGGUCAAUGCGUUGUCUGGGAUUGCUUUUUGUACUCUCCUGCAUAAUGAAAAAAGGAAGGAAUGCUCUUAUUGCAGCUGGAACAGGCAUAGUUCUGCUUAACAAUGUCAAAAAUAUUUGUAAAAAUCUUGAAAACCUAGCGGAGAGCUUAACUUGCAACUUGGAAGCAAAGCAGCUAUUUGUAAAUGUAUUCCCCCUAGGCAUUUUUGUUAAAAUCAUGCAUUUCAUUUUUAAACAAAGUCAUGAUUUCUUUGAGAUUCUUAAAUUUGCUGAUUCUUUUACGUGUAAUGCAAAAAUAAACAGUGAGAAUAUUGAACUUGUGAUAAACGAAACAAAAGCAAAAAUUCAAAAUACAUCGGAAAGUAUAGCUUCACUGCUUGACAUUGCUUCUUACGCAGGACAUAUAUUGAUUCUCAUAAUUGGUAUUUCGUGGGUGUUACUUGGAUCUUGGCUUUUUGUAAGGAAAUUUUUGGGUCAUGAAAGCAAAACAUUUGAUAAUCUGUAUAUUACCAAGAGAUUUAUCCUUUACGAUCAGUGCAGGAGGCAUCAGAAUGAAGUUUGUGUUUUACCUCUCAAUAAUCAAGAAAAAAAAGAGUAUAUCAUAAUACCAAGUCUGAAAAUGUCAAAAAACCAAAAUAAGCUAAUGUGGCUAUAUUUCAUCCCUGUCUUCACAAAUAUGUUCAUCUGGACCUUUCUCAUGUUUCUAGACUUUGUUUUUUAUUGGCUGAUAGUUACAGUAAGCAAACAUCUCCAAGAAAUUCCACCUCUUGAGAUACCAGUAAGAGCCUAUUUUUCUGGCAAAAAAAAAGCUUUUUUAGUACCUGAAACCAGUAGCACAGCCACGUAUGAAGAAACCGUCCAAAUGUAUCUGUUUGAACCAAAGUGUAACCCAAUGCCAGCUCUGUGUCUCUCUGACUCCUGGAUUCCCAUCAGCAUCAUAAUCAUUGUAUUGUUUAUUUUUGGGACAUUGUCUCCUUUUCUAAUACAAAUCAAAAUGCUGGUGGCAGGAGCUUUUUAUCCAGACAAGGACUUAGAACGCAUAAAGUACAUUCACAAUGAAAUACUAAGGAAAAGAUCGAAAACUACGUCUCACGGUGAAAGACGAAGUCUGGGUACCAUUAUUUCACAAGCAAACUUCUGGUUUCCAAUUUUGAAAAUGAAGUACUCUGAAUUAAUAGAUGAGGAAUACAACCAAAACGACAUUGAAAGCAAAGUUUAA